CUCCAUCUAGCGUUGGCAGCGGAAUAUUGACUCCAAUCGUAAAGUACAUGGACAGUGAUGAAAGGACACUGACAUUUAGUUGGGGUCAAAAAGCAGGCGCGUCAUCCCCCCGGCUUCAGGAGAGAAGGUCUUCUACUCCCAAGAGAAAGGUGGAGGAGAUGAGUGCAGACAUGAAGAGGCUGUCCAGGGAAACUGUGAAGUCACGUACCCAGGUGGUGGAUGAUCCAGAACCCCCUGUGAUGCUUUCGUCAGUAAAGUCGAAAGAGACGACGCACACUCCUUCCACUUCCUCUCAGUGUGCCAACUCAACGGAAAAAAGCUGGACUCCUGAGGAGGGAUCGAAGGCAAUGUUCAGAAGGGCUGUGAUGGCUGCUGUGGACAACACCGUCACAAAGAGGAAGCUUUCAAACAGAAUCUCUGACAUCAGCAAACAGUCCCCUCCACCGCCCUCCACUCCUACAGAGGUAGAGGCCACUAGCUGGGAUUCAACUGACACAACUUAUGCUUCUGCACCAACGUAUGAAAGCAGCUCAGCCAUAGAAAGGGAAGCUGAUGAAGAACAAUCAUCCCACCACAUUCGUGAGGCCAACUUUGAAGGCUUCACAGCCGAGCAGGUGGCCGUGUCCCGUCUGAAUGACUCCAGAGCAGUGGAGUUUGCCUCCAGAUGGACUGUGGCAGAAGAGUGGCACUCUUCCACAGCUGAUCCUCAGUAUGUUCCCAGCUCUCCCGCAACAUCUUGGAACGACUCUCUCGACUGCUGCCAUCACAGCUUUUUCUCCGUGAACUCCCCAGAAGCUACAGCUUCAGUCUCAUCGCACGACUCCUUGGACACCUCUGGGAACCAGGAGGAAACCGCUGAGGAUUCUCUUGUCUUGUUUUCUCCUCCGUUACCUGUCAGAGAACAGCGAGGAGAGAAUGAGGCCAAAGUGAAAACUGAAGAUUUAUUUGACUCCUUUUCCUUGACUGGGCCGUCCAGCAGAGGAGCGCCGGAGCGUGACCGGAAACGUGUGAGCAGACGUGCACAGUCUUGGUCUGGCUUUGCCCAACGCUCACCCAACUUUAGGAACAGACUCAGCCUUCCAAAGAAAAGACUUUCCCUGGGUGAAGAUACGAGAGCCUGCUCACUGGAGUCGGGCUUCAUUGACACCCACUGCCAUCUGGACUUUCUGUACAGAAAACUGGCCUUCAGAGGACCGUUCAGACGAUUCAGAGCUGUGCAUCAAAGCGGCUUCCCCCCCAGUUUCCAAGGUUGCAUUGCUGACUUUUGCAACCCGUCCACGAUGGUGAGGGAGAGCCUGUGGCAAGGCUUGCUGGCGGAGGACAUGGUUUGGGGGGCUUUCGGGUGCCAUCCCCAUUUUGCCAAGGACUACUCUGACAACCAAGAGGCCAAUAUUUUAAGAGCCAUGCGACACCCGAAAGCAGUGGCCUACGGUGAGAUCGGCCUGGACUACUCUCACAAAAACUUCACAGCUGUUCACAAGCAGAAAGAGGUGUUUGAGCGCCAGCUACAGUUGGCUGUCGGCAUGCAAAAGCCCCUGGUGAUCCACUGCAGGGAUGCAGACGACGACCUGCUGCAGAUCAUGAAGAAGUGUGUCCCUCCGGACUAUAAGAUCCACAGGCAUUGUUUCACCAGAAGCUACAGUGUCAUUGAGCCCUUCCUGGAAGCCUUUCCCAACAUGUACGUGGGAUUUACUGCUCUCAUCACAUAUGGCAAAGCCACAGAGGUUCGAGACGCCGUCCGAAAGAUCCCCCUCAACCGAAUAGUGAUGGAGACUGACGCGCCGUACUUCCUGCCACGACAGGUGCCGAGAAGCGCCGGUGCGUUCUCCCACCCUGGCAUGGGCAUCCACACCCUGGAGGAGAUGAGCUCUCUGAGAGGAGAAGACUUGCACACAGUCCUCGCAACAAUCCGCCACAACACCACUCAACUCUAUGGCAUAUAGCUGGUGCACAGGAAUACAAAUGUGUUGAAGUUGUUACAGUUGUACUUGGAUCCCUGUUUGAGAUUUAAAAGAGGGGAUGUUUAAAGGUUUUAUGUCAUUUACUUUGUUUCGUUUUUUUUAACGGGUGUGACGUGGUUUGGUUGGAAAAUAUUAAAGAUGUGUUUUCACUCGACUGAAUGAA